AUGGAGUCCAGACUAAAGGGGGGGUCCUCAUACCUUGAUCCACUUUCUAGUGUUUGGAAAAUUCUGUGGAAGCUACCAACUAUCCCAGCAGUCAGAAUGUUCAUGUGGAAAGCAUGUAAUGAGGCCUUGCCCACCAUGGCAAACUUGAUGAGAAGACACAUUGCCACAGACAGUCAACAACUACAAGAGGAGGAGCUAAUGGAGGUGGCAGUAAUAUGUCAUUCUCUAUGGACUGGAAGAAAUGGAUUCAUUCAUGGGAAGGGCUUCAUGCACCCAAACCAGGUUCUAAGCAAAGCCUUUGAUGAAAUAGAGGCUUACAAGUCUAGCCAGAACCACCAAGGCUCCUGUCCAACCAGUCAUGGUGAGGGGUUAGCUAGUGUCUGGAUCCAACCCCCUGCAGGCUACUACAAGUUGAACUGGGAUAUAGCCAUCAACACUACUUGGGGACUAGUGGGGAUUGGUGCCAUUUUGAGAGAUCAUAUGGGCAGAAGCAUCGGUACUCUUCAGGCUAGGAGGGAGCUGAAUUUGAAUCUUUUUAGUGGGGAAGCUUAUGCCUUAAUGAUGGUCGAGGGAGAUGCUGUACAAGUCAUCAGGCUUCUUAGUGGCAGUUCCCUUGACUGCAGUUAUGCUGGAUUGAUAGUGGAAGAUGCCAAGAGGGAACUGAACACCUUUGCUAACUGGUCGGCAAUUCACACAAGGAGGGAAGGCAACAAGGCAGCCCAUACUCUGGCCAGAAAUGCUCUCACACUUUCUGAUGAUUUGUUAGAACUUGAACUUACACCAGUUUGUAUUCAACAGAUUGUAAGAAGUGAAUUGUUUGUAAUGUCUUUUUAA